GUCAAAUUUACCGCGCCCCCACCACCCUUCGCACCGCCGCCACGACGUACCGCGCAGCACCCGCCAUGGCCGCCUCCGUCGCCGAACAGCACAGCCUGCUGCCGCAGCUGAUGCCCAACCUCGACCGCCACCUGCUGUUCCCGCUGCUCAACUUCUCCAGCGACGAGGAUGCCGAGCAGACGCCCGAGCAGAAGCAGCUGCUGCUGGCGCUGCUGAGCCCCACCAACAUGACCGACUUCGUGGGCCAGCUGCACCAGGACGUCCACGGGCUCGACGAGCUGCCCGCCGCCUUUGCCGCCAAGCGCGAGCAGGUGCUGAGCAAGCGCGACGAGCUCGAGGCCGCGACGGCCAAGAUGUCGGAGCUGCUCGACGACGAGAACGUCGUCACCAACCUGCGCUCCGACAAGGCGCAGAACUUGCAGUACCUGCAGGAAAGCCACGGCGUGACCCUCGACGACGUCAACCGCCUGUACGAGUUCGGCCAGUUCCAGUACAGCUGCGGCGUCUACCCACACGCCGCCGAGCUGCUGUACCGCUUCCGCGUGCUGACCACCGAUGGCGACAAGGAGCGCGAGGCCACCUGGGGCAAGCUGGCCUGCGAGAUCCUGUCUGUCAACUGGGACUCGGCCAUUGAGGAGAUCAACAAGAUCAAGGAGCUGAUCGACACGCGCCUGUUCAACAACCCGCUCGCCCAGCUGCAGCAGCGCACCUGGCUGAUCCAUUGGUCGCUGUUCCCGCUCUUCAACCACGAGCCCGCCCGUGAGGCCCUCACAGACCUGUUCUUCUCGCCCGCCUACAUCAACACCAUCCAGACAAACUGCCCGUGGAUCCUGCGCUACCUGGCCGCCGCCGUCAUCACCGGCCGCAGCCGCGCCCGCAAUUCGAACCAAUACCAGCGCCAGCUCAAGGACCUGGUGCGCAUCGUGCGCCAAGAGGGCUACGAAUACACUGACCCCGUCACCGACUUCAUCAAGGCCCUGUACAUCGACUUCGACUUUGAAGAGGCCCAGAAAAAGCUCGGCGAGACCGAGGAGAUUCUCAAGAACGACUUCUUCCUGCUCGCUGCCGCAGACACAUUCGUCGACGCCGCCCGCCACCUGAUCUCGGAGAGCUACUGCAAGAUCCACCAGCGCAUCGACAUCAAGGAUCUUUCCACUCGUCUCGGCCUGUCGCAGGACGAGGGCGAGAAGUGGAUCGUCAAUCUCAUCCGCGACACACGCGUCGACGCCAAGAUCGACUACCAGGCCGGCACAGUCGUCAUGAACCACCCACCGCAGAGCGUCUACCAGCAGGUCAUCGAGCGCACAAAGGGCGGCUUCUUCCGGACUCAGGUCCUGAGUGCGGCUGUGGCCAAGUGAGCGGACAGAGGGUAGCAGCAUCGCAGACAAGGAGUACACGCAGACCAGCAAUAGGUCAGGGCAGAAAAGUUGCCUGGGAAGACGCAAAAGUCGGGGCGUUUGGACAUUUUCGCCGUCAUGACUGGACAUGUGACAGACAAGUUCACAUAUGCAUGGCCGGGCGUCUGUAAGAGAGAUUUCUUCUGAGGUUAGGAUACAGCAAGUCGCUGUACUAUAGACGAAUGAGAUGAAUGAACACAGCUGGUAUCAAGCAGUAAGACUGAUCAUGCAGGGAUUGACAUUCUGUAUGUGUUUUGUCGUAGCACCAAUUUCUCCAAGCCACUAUCACAACCCCUGACAUCAGGAUGCCACAGAAGAAGAUUUUAUGAAAAGCCGUCUAACGACUGAGAAUGAUAAAGCUCUCAAGAGCACGAGACUCGAAGCGUGGUCAGUCCACGAAACUACAUGAACCACAUUUGGACCACCUACAUACCUCAUCAGCUGCCGCACCUUAAACAAUU